UUGUGGCAUUGCUCUCAUGUUUAAUGGCCUUUCUUAUUAAAUUGCAGAUUGUGGUGCUGAGGAGCUUAGUAUUGGUAAUAGGUUUCCAAAACUUGAAAAUCAGGUUGAAGCCAUGCGAGAUUUAGUUAGCGGUCCUGCUUCUUCUGUACGUCGGGCAUGUGUGCCUGGAUUGCCUGCUUCACAGCCAGCUCCCUCCCCACCUCACAAUGCAUACUGUGAUGCACCUUCUGAUUGGUUUACUUUGGAUGUUCCAACUAGUGAUUCGCCUAUAAGCAAUCUAAAGCAUAUAGAUUACAGAGACUCUCAAAAUACAAGACAAGUUGAUCCUGAAGUUUUAUGCUGUGUGGAAAAUGUUAAAAAUUUCAUUGGAAUGUCUGAUCAUAAAGACAGUUUUCCAGUGCAAAAUUCGGCAUAUCAUGACCGAUCAGAAAGUGCAUUAUUCAGGUCAAAUCAUUUGUCACAGUCCAACCAUAUGUGGCACUCAGAAUCGCAUUCUCAAAGUCAAAGAGCAACAUUUCGAUCGAAUGUUCAGCCGCCAAGAAAUACUUCUUUAUGGCGCCAUAGAACGUCUGUGCCUUCAUCUCAGAGUCACGAUGGUGCUGUCUGGCGUGGCGCUUCGCCAUCUUCUAUUCCUACACAACAUCAACAAGUAUUUACUCAAUCUUCCAAUUAUCCUCAAGAGGUUUUUGGGUCAAACCCUCAGUCCUAUUCUGAAUCUUUGCCUAACCCAGAAAUGUUUGCUGCUUCAUCUCGCUCAUCUGAGAGUAGUGAAAGAGAUCUACAUCCAUUGAACAACCUGCUGUUAUUUGGAGAUGUGCAAAAAAGAUUUUAUUCCAACCAAUCCCAAACUUUCCAAAGCCUUUUGUCUCCUUCAAAUUUGAAGGAACUAGAUGCAAGGCGUAAGGAAUCUCCGAUUCACAAGUCUGCUAAUGACAGUGACACGGACAUCGACUUCAUAGAAGCAGUCCCUGUGACAAGGGAGCCCGAGAUCAUAACUUUGAAUGAUGACAGCGUCUAUGAAGUUGAUGCUCAGAGUUCUGCAGAAGACGGAGAACUUUCCCCAAAACUGACUCCUCCUCCAGCACCUGUGCCAAGCUUGAACUGCGCGUAUAGCAAAGAAUCAACAACAUUAAAGGAAAAAUUGAGUCAGUCGAAGUUUCUUAUUGAGGUUAAAAAGAACUCGAAUGAAACUGGCAAGUCCUUGUCUUCAUUAGAACGGAAAAAUAGAAGCAAGAAGGUUAAGAGACGCAAGAGGUCUACAUCUCAGGAUGAUUUUCAUCUUAGAAAGAAAAGAAACUCUUCUGGGCUAAGCAGGAAACGGAAAAGAUCUAAACUUGAUAGUUCCCUCCAGCUGGUACAAUCGCUUGAAAAAAUGCCACAUCCUGGCACUCUAGCUGAGCUUCUGCUUAAAAAUCAUCCUAAGCAUUUUGUUGAAAAAGUCAUUGUGAAACCAUCCACCAAGGGCUGCUUAUCCACGAGCAAUACAGAUUCUGAUGAUGACUGUAUGACGAGUGCCGAGCGAGAGGAAGAAGAACUUUUGCUACGAAAAAUUGCCCUUGAAUCUGUUGUACACUCACUGGAUAAAGAUGGUGUCAAGAAGUCCAAAAUCUUAACUUCAACACUAGAAAAUCGCACGGUAGGGGACCAACAUGCUUCACAGAAUUCCGAGGAGACAACUCUAGUAAUGUCGGAUACAAAUGAAAACCCCGUGGAUAUGGAUAUAUGUGACUCAGAUGCUGAAGAGGAGAGUAACUUGGAAGCGAGAAAUGAGAAGGAAAACUUUUCAUUUCCUGUUGAAUUGGCAUACAUGAUGCCUCCCCCAGCCGCUGCUCACCAGACCAACGACUUGAACAGUUUCAAGAACUUCAGCUAUGAACAAAACCUUUGCAAACAGGCUAUGGAAUUGUCCGUUCAAGGAUACAAUUUCGAAGCUUAUCGAGCCCUUGGAGCCACUACGCAGGGCAUAAUUUCAGAUGAAAAUUAUCCGUAUUCUUCUGCUGUGUUCACCAGUGGAUGGUCAGAGAAGCUUGCCUCUUCGUUUUCAGGUCAGGAAGGCACUGAACCGGCGCUUGUUUCCUCGCAGACGUCAGUUGAUGCAGAUGAUAUUUCGAAGAGUAUGCCAGCAAAUUAUGCGCAUAUGCUGUCGCUAGCAAAUGCCCGCAAUAGAGAAGUAUUCAUGGAUGCUGUAACGAAGCCGACCAAGUCAAACACAAGUAAUCUGAUUCAUAUCAAACUGGACAAAAAUAAAAUUCCUAUGAAUGUUCAAAGGAAAAGAAGUAGAAGGUCAAAAAAAGGAGCGUUGCUGCCAAGACCAUUGAGAGACGCCAAACAUGAUGCUUCUUCAUCCACAACGGUUGCGCAUAAAUUGCCAAGUGGUUCUGAAGAGGACGAGAUUUUGUUAAGAAAUCAAUUACUCCAUGCAAUGCUUAUCAAGCAGCCUUUAUUCGAUGAAUCUGCCAGGACUAUCCCAGCCAGAGAUUUGGCUCAUGACGCUCCAAUAAUGUCUUGCGAGGACCAAAUCGAUCAGUCUCAGGCUACAAUAUUAAAUGCAGAAGCUAAUUCCAAGCCCGACUUUUCAUUGAGAAAUAACGUGGUCGAAACCAAGAAUGUAUUCAAGUACCCUAAACCGAUCAUCAUCAACCUGGACAGUGAGUCAGACUCAGAUUCUUCUGAUUCAACCAUGACUGCAGUUACUGGCGGUCGCCUGCGCAGGUCUGGAAUUUCUUCACCUAAUUUCAGUGAGGAACGAGCUGAAUUUUCGCAAGAAAGCUCAAAUCGCGGUCAAGAACGAGCCCAAACUACCGCAAAUGCCAGUAUUCCCGUGUCUCCUGAUAAUUUAUAUCCCGAGGCUAUUCAGCAUUUAAGCAGAUCUUCUCAAGUCGAGUACCGCCGCAUGAAGCUUCGGCUACAAGAAAUUGCCAAGGCCAAAAAGCUGAAGCUUAGCCGGCAAUUAAGAACUAAAGUAAAGCUAAAUGAGCAAGGCCCAUCUUCCACAGCUUCGGAUGCCUCCAUUGACGGCAUUCAGGCUGAUACAGCGAAUUGCCGCGGCGCAAGUGCUGAUCCUCCUGUUCUUGCUAAUGAGGAACUACAACCUGAGCUAGUGAACACGGUACCCCUACAGACGUCAGAAACAAUGGACAUGCGUGUAGGAGAAAGCCGAAGUGACGCGAGCCACUCGGUGAGACCUAGAGUUACCUAUGAUGACCUCUUCAAAGACACCGAUAUUGACGAGAGACAAAGCUUCCAACCAGGAUACUCGCAAAUUCCAACAUGCAACGUAGCUGCAGUGGAAACUGAGAGUGAAGAAGACUUGCGUAAUAUAUUACUGGCCAACCGUGCCCGAAAUGGCCAUCAAAAACAACUCGAUGAGCAUUAUUUCUCCGAGGAUCUCCGACUAGUGAUCGGUAAAGGUCCUACGUAUAAUUUCGGUCCAACUGCUGUUAGUAACCAGACGGAAUCGUAUGGAACCAGUUUAUAUUCUGAUGAUGAUGCGAUGCAAUCAAUUGCUGAUAAAGUUACAAAUUAUUUGAAGGAAGUAAGAAAUUCAACUAAUAAUUUGAACAAUCUUUGCCCAGCUGAGAAUGAAAUUGCUGCCAAUUAUAGCUCAGCUUCAGAGUCUUCAUCUCGCAAUUCUGAUAGCAGUGACACUGAUUCUACACAUGCCAGCGAUUCGAGCUCCGCCGAUUCUGAUUCUGAAAAAGAACAGGAAAAUGCAGUGGCUGAUGAAAACUCUACAGGCUCUCUACAGCUUGCCUGUGAGCCUCCUCAGGCUCCGCAGUUCUUACCCGAUGGUUCAUUUUCCACAAGUUCGUUAGAAUCGCGGGAGGGUGUGCCAUCUAACUGCCAUCUGCAUCCAUUACCGAAUACUUGCUCCGAUGAACAAGGAUUGACUGAAAAUCCACAGAAAACUGAAAACAAUCUAUUUAAUCUAAUUUUCGACCCAAUAAAAAGCGUAGAAGUUCAAGAUAAGUCGUGUGAUGAAUGUGAUGAGGCGGCCAUAACUCAUGUCUUGAAACUUCCAACGACAUCGCCUGAACCGAAGCCUGAUCACAACCGUUCUUUGCUAGAAACCUCAGCUCAGUUCAGCAAACCCGUAAUCUCUGAACCUGAAAUUGUCCUUUCAUGUACAGCGAUCAAUGAAAAUAAAACCUCAAAUGGAGAAUUUAAUCAAAUUUGCACAACCAAUGCAGGCUUUAAACAAUCUAUUAUCCACAUUGAAACGAGCAAAAGCCAACCUGAUGGCAAUGAAUCCCAUAAUAAAGAGGUGCCGAAUUCGGAUGCUGAGCAGACCAUGUGCAUCAAAUCAGCGACGACAAAUGACGGAGAAGAGGUUCCCAAUCAUAUUGGAUGUGACGUUGCGAUAGAAAAUGUUUCAUGUGUGGAAAUGGUUCACUCGGAGCAAUGUGUUCCUGACACUAUAAAGCCAAUUCUAACUUCUAAUAGUUUCGAAUCUACUAAAGUAAAUUUUGAAGAUGCGACAGCUGCUGGAAAUGCUCAGCAUGCUCCUUUUGCCGUCGAGUCAGACACUACGAGUAUACCAUUGAAGGCUGGAGUGGACGGGCCACGCCCAUUGCCUGCCACAGCUCCUACUGAAGUGGCCCCCAAAGGCGGGUCUCCGGGGUGUGGGUGCUCAGCAGUUGAAGAGGAGCGCCGUGUGGGGAGGCUCAAGACGCUGGGCAAUUACGAGCAGCUCAUCUCUAAACGAAGCUGCAAUCUGGAGAGUCUGGAGGCGGAGGUACGGCAGCAAGCGGCCGCCGUGAGCAGCGUCGACCAGGAACGCCAGGCGCUGCGCCGCUCCCUGGACGCCCUCAGGGCACAACUGGCGACCGCAGAGUCUCACUACAGGGCGAAGUCGAGCCAGCACUACCGCGCCUGCCAACGCCUGACGUCCCUCAAAACUCGGGCAGCCGCCGACACCUUGACGUUGCAGCGCCUGCGUCACACUGCACAACAGCUUGGAAAAGAAAUUUGGGGAUCCGAUUAUCGCUUGGGUGCUGGUAGCGGCAGUGAGGCGUCCUCGGGCUCCCCAGCGAUCAAACGACUGGCCAGCGGCGUGGCUGGCGGCGUGGCUGGCGGCCCGUCUAAGCGGCACAAAACAUGGACGCGUUCAGCGGACGGCCAUUCCAAUGUGACAAGUAUUAGUGCAAAAUCAACAAUAUCUGUAGGGUCUUCAAAAGCCAACGUUCUUCGUACGACAGGUGUGAGGGUUGACAAGAGCAAGAUGAUGCCCGUCAAACCUAGAGUGCGAUCGUCAAAUUUCAAGCUGGACAAUCGACCUUGUGCCAAUCCUCAAAGGAGCCCUGCAAGCAACGAUACUCAUACGGUAUUAGCCCCUAUUUCUUCUGCUAAAGAAGCUGCUCCUAAACUUCAAUUGCUUAAUGAGAGUGAGCUCCGAAACCGGCUACUGGUGAAGAUGAAACAAAACGCAACCCGGAAGACGGCUCCCUUGGCGCAAUGUGAUGAUUCUGAUUCUGUCUGCCCGUACGAUUUAUUAGGCACUUGCAAUGAUGAAAAUUGUUCUCUAAGGCAUUUAUCCCCAUCAGAGAACAACAAAAUACAAGGUAAUGUAGCUUUGCUUUCAUGUUCAAAAGGAAUAAUUGUUCGUUCGGAGAAAGAAAUUGCAGAAGGUCUCAAGUCAGACGAGUCGAUGUUGAAAGAAACUAUAUACCCGAAUUCUGCGUGUGUCGAAAACGCCCAUGACAACGAGUCUAACAAACAAAUUGAAUUUGUUUCUUCCUCUCGUGAGAACCCUGUUGAAGCAGUACCAUCUGCUCUGACUAAUGAUGAAUCUGAUGACUCGAGCCUAGAUUCUGACUCCUCAAGUUCUGAUUCUGAAAGCGAAUCUGAGACAUCUAGUGAUUCUGAUUCAGAAGCGUCGUCUGUAGUAGCAGUAGGUGGAACACUUGCCCACAGUGGUGAAGGUGAAGAUCCUCCUAGUAAGGUUCUUGGUGGGGAUAGUGAAGAGGAUCGUGUCGAUUUUGAGACUACUUUGAUUGUUAGCAAAAAAAAUGACGGUGAUGCGUCAUCCUCAGCAGCAGGAGUAUGUUGUUCACCACAGGGUAGCGCUGAUGAGGUCGGUGGUGAUGACAUGAGUGCCUGUAAAAAGACCUCGUACAAAACUGAGAACAUUAAUAGCGACGUUGUGGGCAGAAUAAUCAAUGCAACCAAAGUUAAGAAAUAUAUUAUAUCUUCAGAGUGCACUGAUUAUGAAUCAGUGGCUAUUAGUCAGGAGCACUUGAGUCAAUCUCUGGAGCAUCUGGCGAGUUGUCCUGUCCAACAGGUGAGUAGUGCGGAGGUUAGGAGGAAUCUUGCCAGCCAACAGGUGAGUAGCGCUAGGUGUGCCAAGCAGAAAAAGUGUUGUGGUGCUGGUAGCCUGGCAGCUGGAGACAUGAGUUCCCAGGUGGAUGAUGAAGAUGAAGCAAUAAGUGCUUGUGGAAAGAUAGCGGCACAUGAGAACUGUAGUGGUGUGGAUGAAAUGGUGAGUGGUGGUGUUGGAAAGGAGAGUGGUGUUGUUGGAGAGGAGAGUGGUGGUGUUGGAGAGGAGAGCGGAGUGGAUGAAGUGGCGAGUGAUGUAGAUGAACAGGCGUGUGGUGUAGAUGAACAGGCGUGUGGUGUAGAUGAACAGGCGUGUGGUGUAGAUGAACAGGCGUGUGGUGUAGAUGAACAGGCGUGUGGUGUUGAUGAGCAAGCGAGUGAUGCAGAUGAAGUGAUGGAUGAUGCCAGGGCUUGAAUGAACUGAGAAGCCCAUGUAUCCUGGAGUGUGAUGUUACGGAGGAAAUUGAUAUGGUGAUGGUGUUAAUUGAAGAGGGUGGUAAAUAAUGAGCAAAAAAAUCUGGAUCAUCAUCUUUUGUGUACUGUGUGUACAAAGGAUGAUGGCUAGAAAAACUUCAUACGUUUGAUGGAUGGGCCGUGAUCGAGCGUUGUAAAUUGAUCCAUCAGUAGGAAAUUCAAGCAAGAUGCGUUAAAAUCAGCAUGUUCUCACAGCAAUAAUUCAAAGGCAAGUGUACUGGUGUAAGUGUGCGGUUUAUGUUUGAAACGUUGUGUGUUGGUGUCCGUCGAGCCUUCAGUGGCUGGUCAACCUUGGCACGCAUGUUUUUAGUGACUUGUUUGCGUUACUGUAAAUUACGCCUUCACAACAACUGGAUAUGCUCGAGUCGCAUGGGAGUUUUACAAACUUUUUUCCGCUUUCUUUGUACUGAUUUAUGUUCUCAGAUGAAUUUGUCAUGUGUUACGGUAAAAUGUGGUAUUAGUAAUUAGUUCCUGAACUUAACGAGGUAUCCUACCUACUGAUUGAUGUAGAGCUUCUUGCAUAUCACUGGUAAUCCGUACCCGCAUUGUAGCUCAGUGCAACUAACUUCCCAUAGCGUGGGCUACGGAGUGGGGGUGCUUGUUUCUUGAACCCGUUUACCUCCAACAAGCAUUUCAGAUGUUAGAUACCUGUCUUAGUUGCCUAUUAUUUCCCAUUAACGUAGUGAUGAACAAUGCGCACAAAACGUUCCUCCUUCCCCAGUGCAGCUAUAAAUUCUUUCACUUCGGUGCACAACGUAAACGCUGUUCGAAAUGACAAUAUCAGAUGUGAAAUCAAGGCUAAAUAAGAACGUAGCUUCUGCAAACUUAAUAUCUGCUUUGUUUUUUUUUUUUCUUCCUGUGUACUUUCGGUUCUCAAUAUCUAUUUGUGUUUGCUCUACUAUAACUCAUACGUUUUCACUUCCACUUGGUUUGUUUAUACAAUAAUGUGUUAUUUGUAUAGCAUCUAGUCUUGUUAUCAGUUAAUCAGAAGAACCUUUAAUAUGCGUGAGAUAUUUGGUUCGUGUUUCGCUGUUCGGAUCUUAUUCACCCAUAAUUAUUUCUAAUCUAAAGGUGGAACAUUAGAGCACCAGCUAUAUUUAGUUAAUGAAUUCAGCCAAAGUAUUCCUGGCUUCUGCAUUUUUAUACAUCGAGAUUUUUUGUAGCUAUUUCUAAAUGCGUUUGAUUUCACAUUUAUUCCAUUGAUGUUUACCGUUUGGCUAAUGAAUUAAGUGCUUGCGUUGAAAACUGAUUUGCCGUUUUGUUGCCGGAGGUUUUGGAGUUUAGUGUGGUGAAAAUGACAUAGACGAUUUGUUGUGCCAUGGCCAGUGUUGUACAGUUAAUAGGCAUGCUUGAAUGUAUAUAGCAUCAGAACGCCGCAACCUUAUGCUUUUGUUCUGACCGUCCUUCUUUCUUUAGAAGAAAAUAAAUUUUUACCCUUUGAUCAUAUAUAUAUUCUAGUAGAUUACAAUUACUUUUCAAUUUAAAGCGUUAUCGAUGGUAUGAAUCCAUGCAAGACUGCCUCAAAGCACAUCAUUUCUGACUUUCUGAUCUUUGGUCUCCUGCUUUGAGUCAGUACGCUUACAUUGCGUAGUAGGCAUGGCUGCGUUUUCUCAUGAACAUUCUCGCUCCCUAUUUUUCGUGGUCAUGUUCUUAUUGGCUUUACGCGCCUUUUACAUUUACUAUUUCUCGGUCCUCAUUUUUUCACAAAUUUUAAUGAAUUUGCAUCAGCGUCUAAUGACGUCUCAGGUUGUUUCCUUUCAACCGUUAUGAACUCGUUCGUUGAACUGGUCACUUCUGCAUCCAGCGUUCAAAUAACUUGCCAUACCUCGCCCAAUUUGCCAGUGUAUCAAGAGCAGCUUGAUAUUCAGGGAAGCCAUCUUUUGUUGGCCAUUAUAAGGGAAAGUUUUUCCCUAUGUAUAAUUUUUCUCUUGCGGAAAACCUCACUAAUGAUUUAAUAUUAUGUUGUACAUGAUUUUUGUCGAGUUGCUCAACAGGAAGCUCCUGUAAUCCUGGAAGUGAACAUUCAUUCAAAUUAUGAGGCUGGAGGCGACCUGUGUGAUGGUGAUGUGUGAGCUGAUCAAGAGAGUGAUGGUGGUGGCUCUGAUGACGGCUCGGGGAGCUCAGUUGAGAAGACAAUCUUGCCACGGCGCGUCUGACCUGACCAUGGAGCUCUUGUGAGCCUGUCCCUGAGAGCCUCACAAGUGGCGCUGCUCACGCCUCUCGUCGCAGUGCUGGCCGUCUGGUGAGGAUUGUGAGUGACGGCUUCCUCAUACUUAUUUCUCUUGAGUCAGCUCCCCUGUUUGUCCGUAUCAUUGUAUUCCUGAAUUUGCUCAUCAUUUAGAUUGUGCUACGCCACCACUUCUUGAUUAGCUCAUCCACACACCAUACUGACCAGGCCUAAUAUUACUCUCAAUUCCUUCUAAAUUCCUUAAUAAAUUUUACGAAUAUGUUAAUACGAGCUCAGUUCCUCCGCCUCGACUAAAUUCAUUCAAAUUGAUGAAAUCUUCAUGCAAUCAAUCAUGAGGUUUUCGACAGAUUUAUUUUAUUUUCAAUUUUCAAAUUUUUGGAUCGCACGGCUAAAACACGUUUUGUUGUGUAAUUUAAGACUGUAGAAUUAAUUCUGUAACUUGUAGAUUGUAUAAUAAAAUAUAUUUUUCAU